GAGAUCAAAAUCAAGUGAAGAACUCAAGAUUGUUGUUUUGGCAGAGGACAAGUCAUGGAGAAGGCAUCCCAGGACGCAACCGUAACAGUUCUGCCCCCUAAGCUACUUAUCAACACAAAGGAACCGGGCCUCCAAUGGCUGAUUGGAUCCCCAUUUGUCCCGCCUUUCACAAUCAUUUCCACCUUCAGAUGUAUCCAUUACCUGGAAAACUCUUCCUCCCCAGAUUACAACAAAGAAUCUGAAGAUGCUCGAGCACUGCUGUUGAAGGGAUUUGGUGUGAUCGGAGCGUUAAUUGCUGGAAGCUCUGAUUUCGAAAGAACUGCUCGCGAGGCUAUCGAUGCUGCUCGUCAAUUGAGGAAGCUUCUCUCUGAUGGAAGAGAAUUGACGAGUCAAGAAAUAAUAGGAGCAGUUGCGGAUUUGGAUACUGGUCACGUUCAUUUUUUUCUCUCAAGAUAUGGAAAUUCAACAAGCGUUUUAUCUCCUGCUUCUGUUGUUUACAAAGAUCAUCCCGAGGAGUAUGUUUGGGAAAGAGGUUGUUUGAUUCGAUGUCAGCUUCCGAUUAAGUUGCCAUUUUGUAUUCCUGUAGGAAAUCCGCCUGAUGUGGAGAGGAUGUACUUGCGUGCAACUGAAGCUGCUGUUGCCCAACUUAAAGAUUCACAUGUUGUAUUCAUGCUAGAGAGACUAAGCAAAGGGUCUUCAAACGCAACUCAACCUAUCAUUCUCCAUGGUAGAGAACUGGAUUUUAGCACGGAUCUCUUAGAUAUCAAACUUGUGGAUGUAGAAGCUUCUCAAGAUUCUGAUCCAAAAACAUUAACAUGCAGAAACUUUUGUUUGAAAAGCAAAUCUUCUCCAACAGUGAUUUCUGUGGAGAAUGCAGAUACAAUCCAAGUGAGUGUUCUGCUUAAUAGAUCAGAAAAGUCCCAAAAAUCCAUGGCACCCGUUGCAGAAUAUUUUCCAGCUUUGGAAGAAGCCAGACUUCUCGUUGUGGAUUUUGAGCUAGAUGUGCUCUGUUAUGCAGCCAAGGAUCUUUCACUGAUGUAUGCAAUUUCAAAGUUGGUAAUACCUGGUUUAGUUGACCAAUUAAACUCAAUGAAGAAAGCUGUCUUGCCCAAACUUUUAACAGAACGUCCACAGCUACAUUCAUACCACUUUAAUCCACCUGGGUUUUUGCAUCCAAUAACUGCCAUCUACGAACUCAGUUAUGGGGAGACGGAAAUGAAACAAGUUGAAGUCAGAAGAUCCUUGCACUUGAGGCUGGGGCUACCUUUUGAUCGUCCUCUUCUACGAGUCGCUAAUGCACUUGAUUUCUCUACAUUGAACGAUAAUUCAGGAAGUAACUCAAGACGAAAAGGCCUUUCUCUGCUAAAAGAUGUGCAUAUUGGGAUCCCAAGUAGCGGAGUCUCGGGGGGAAUUGUCUCUUUGGUUCAAGGUUCUUAUGAAUAUCAUCAUUAUCUUCAAGAUGGCUUUGAUGACUCGGGCUGGGGUUGUGCUUACCGUUCUCUACAAACUAUCAUUUCAUGGUUCAGACUCCAGCAUUAUACUUCCAUUGAAGUUCCCUCUCAUAGGGAAAUACAGCAAUCACUAGUGGAAAUUGGUGAUAAAGAUCCUUCUUUUAUUGACUCACGUGAAUGGAUUGGUGCUAUUGAGUUGAGCUUUGUUUUGGAUAAACUUCUGGGUGUAACUUGCAAAAUCAUAAAUGUCAGAUCAGGAGCUGAGCUUCCUGAAAGAUGUAGAGAGCUGGCCUUGCACUUUGAGAAUCAAGGAACACCUAUUAUGAUAGGUGGCGGUGUUCUUGCAUAUACACUUUUGGGAGUUGAUUACAAUGAAAGUAGUGGAGAUUGUGCUUUUCUAAUACUUGAUCCUCAUUAUACUGGAAAUGAUGAGCACAAGAAAAUUAUAAAUUGUGGUUGGUGUGGAUGGAAAAAAGCUGUUGAUAGCAAGGGAAAGAAUUUCUUCUUGCAUGACAAGUUCUAUAAUCUUCUCCUGCCACAAAGGCCCAACAUGGUUUAGUGCGGUCAACUUGGUAUCCUCAACACCUCCAUACAUAAAAGGAAGCUUUAUAACAAUUUGCAUGCCAUGAAAAGUUUAUAAUUUAGCAGUUGGACUGAGGCCACUUUCCAAUUACUUAAAAUAUAGUUUUGGGAUUUCUUUUGUGAAUGGGGUGAAGUGCUUUGCAUCGGCAUUCAUUCUGGUUGAUAUUUGAUUUUUGCUUAUACUCUAGAGAGGAAAUGUCAGUGCAAAUAUAGCAAUUGGACUGAGGCCACCAAUGGGGGACAAUAUCUUCUUCCAAGUGUAAUGCUUAAAAUAGAGUUUUGAGAUUUCUGUUGCGAGUGUUAGCUUGUACUUGACAAAGGGAAUCUGUAUCUUAGAGUUAUUUAUUGGUGAUUUCGAAGGUGACUUGUGAUUGUUUUGAGCAUGUUAUUCUUGUACUGUUACGAAAUGAGAAAGAUAUCUUAAUUCUUGA